ACCAGGCUCUGCUACAACAUUGUGCUGCUGACUGUCCCUGCUCCUCAACCCCAGGUCAUGUAUUUCCUGUUUCUGUCAGCUCUGUGGAGCCUGUAACCGAGCUUAUCUACAGCUUUCGCUUUUCUUCGUUUUUUUGCAUUGCUACAUGGCUUUAGUUCCCUCAGUGUUGUGUAUUUUCCCUCCUAGUUCUUUGUUGCAGUUAUCGUUAGGAGUGUUUUCUGUUAACCCGUGUCUUACUUGUAUUAUUAAAGAGUGUUUUUCCCUCCUUGUCGUUCUCUUUGGGUCCAAACAAGCAUUUGAAGACCCGUUUUGUGGAGUUCCUCCAAAAGAUGUUCAUCUAACCUCUCUAAUACAGACUCAUCAGACUGUGAUGGGAGCUGUAGGAGAAGAGGUUAAUUUCAGCUGUUUGCUCACUGAAUCUAAGGAUGUUCUUCAAGUCACGUGGCAGAAGAUUUUACCUGAUGUUGACAAGAAUGUGGCAACUUACAAUACAUUUGGCCAAAGAGUGGAUCCUGAUUUUAGAGAUAAAGUGAAGUUUAAAGUUACUGGACUACAGAACAGCUCCAUAGUUAUCAGCAGUGUGACAGAGCAGGAUGAAGGUUGUUACCUGUGUCUGUUUAACACCUACCCUGAAGGAGCGUUUAAAGGAAGAACCUGCCUCCAAGUCUGUGAGCUUCAUGAGCCCAUUCUUCAUGUCAGAGGAUCCAACUCUUCUGAAGAGUCCCUUGUUUCCUGCUCAGUCACAGCUCGACCUGCUCCCACAGUAACACUGACUGUCACACAGCAGCACCUCUACUUCUCCCACUACAGCACCGUCACUGUCACCAACGCCAACAACACACUCACUGUCACCAAGACAGCUGUGCUGUCUGGUCUCCAUGGCGACGGCACACAGGUUGGAUGUGCAGUGAGAGUCCCCUCUGGUCCUCAGAAAGAGGUGUUUAUGAAUAUUACUGAGGUCAAACCAAAGUCUGCAGAUGGGUUUGAUGAAGCUGAAUGCUUUACUUUGUCAGUUGUUUUGUCAGUGAUGGCCUGUAGUUGUGUUGCUGCAGUCGGGAUUCUCAUGUUUUUACUAAAACACAAGAAAGAAUCUUUCACCUGUGAUGAAAAAGGAGGCUUCCAUUUAGAAAAUUCCUUUUGAUACAAUGUUUGAUACAACAAAUAUAUUAAAAAAAACAC